AUGCGAAAGUCACGAAUACUGGAACAUCCAGUCUCGCCCGGGAACGUGGAGGUAUUGGAAAAUCUGGUCGCAAUGGGUCCAGGCGACAAGGGCCCCAGCUUAGAGAAUCGGAGCGCCGAAGGAGAAAAGUCACCGCGUGCAAGAGAUCGGAGCAACGAAGGAGACUCAAGGCUUCGGGGCAUGCGAGGUGAACGGAUUGGCAGUGGCAAGCCCGAAUGUGCAAAAGCUGAGGCGAAGGGAGCCAGGCCCACACAGGAGGCGGCGGCGGCCCAAGAUGCGAAAAGCCCGGCACCGGUGGAAGUGGCGGGUGAGCUCGAUCCAAUUUUUGAGAAGCUUCGCAACGAUGCCGCGGGCCCUGCCGGGGAUUGGUCUGGGACGAGUGUUGUGAAUCCCGUUCGUGCUGAGCCGCAAACUGGCGCAGGUAGUUCCAGUCAGGAGGAGGACCCACAGCAGGCGCGAGACCUCGACAGCGGAAUCGGACCCGAUUUCGCGGAGCUUGGUGAGGCUCUCUCAAGCAAGAAAGCUGAACUUCCAACGUGCAGAAAGCUUCGCAUAGACACGGAUGGCUCUGCAAAGCAGCUGUCCGGCACAAAAAGUCUUGAGCCCGAGCAGCCCAUGCCGGAAACGGGUGCCAUGGAACCCACCCAGGCGAGGCUCCGCAAUGACGAGGGCAAGCCGGCCUCAGCGGAGCGAGGCGCUGACGUAGAGGAGCCUGCUUGGCUUGAGCUUCUGAGGAAGGGAAAGGAACCGAGGCGUGUGAGGCCUGGGACCGGAGGUGACGGAUCAGGGCACCCCGAGCCCAAGGCCAGCAAGAAAGUUGCAGCGCAGGAAAAGCACCUCAAUGACAGAAAUGGGCCGGGGCCCGAAGACCAAGAUGCCGACGCUGCUGCACCCAGGCGUGCAAGAGAUCGCGAAGAUGUGGACGAACCAAGGCAAGAAGAAGCCAACAAGAACAGAGUCGACGAGAAGGGUUGCGGGAACCCCGAAGGGCCAGUGGACUGCCGGGCCUUUCAGUUCCAGAAGCCAAUGCAAAGAGGCCAAUGCGCCCGAAACUAUGCGAGGGCAUCAGAGAUUCAGGACUUGCCAAGCUCGCCACUGGCACGGCGAACACGGGCCCGAGCCGAGCCAGACCAGAGGCUGACGCCAUUUCUCCAGGGCACGACAUGCUCCGGACAGGAAGGGCCGGCUCCAGGUGGCUCGAGCGCAAAAUCGGAAGUGGGACUUCCGGUCGCGCAGAGGACCGCGACGGCGAAGCUGAGCCGGCCGAAGCAAGGCCAAGGGCUGGCAAGAAAGAGCCUGAGCGUGUGGCGCUUGCAGUGGAGGGAGUUAGACCCGGACAGGUCUCGAGAGGCUUCGUAUCAACACCGCGCUCCCCAUGUGGACGUCGUCCAGGCCGGUAUGGAUGAGGUUUCGCAAGAGGAGGCUCGGGCCGAGAUCCGCGAAAGAAAGGCACUCCCCGAUCACGGAGAGCUGCCCAGUGCAGCCGGCAUGGAGAACACCUUUAGCAACCGUCGGAAGGCCCAGCCGGCCAGAGAGCGUGGAGGAAGGAAUGCAUCCGGGCUCGAAGUGGCUGCUGCCGACAAUGAGGAAACGGAUGCUGCACAGGUGAUGCCCAAGGCUGAGGCUGAGAAGGGCGCGCUGCCUGACCAAGUGAAGCUCCUGAGAGACAUCAGCAACCCCAAGUCAGCGCUGCCCAUGACAGAUGCAAGUGGCCCCGCCUUGGAAAAGCUUCUGGGCAGUGGCAUCGAUGCAGAUUUUGAGCAGUCCAGAACUGGCAAUGCGGUGUCCGUUUGUCCCAAGAAACUCGCUGGCACGGGGAUGGGCACGGAAGCGCCCGAACGGGCAGAGGAUUGGAGUGACAUUGACAACUCCAAGUGGGAUUCAAUCACCAGCAGCACAAACACAGAGCCCGAGCACGUCGCACCAAUGACGGGCACGGAGGCCGGCAGAGCUGCGCCAAGCUAUGCGAAAGACCGUAGGAAGGCUGGGAAGUCUGCAUUGCUGCCGCCCAGGAGCAUGAAAGAUCCCGAUGCGGCGGAGGCGAGGUGGACUCGGGCCAAGGAGUCUGAGCGAGCGGAGCUUCUGGGGGAAAUCGCAGCGUGGAUAGCCCUGGAUGAGCAGGGUUCAACACCGACGAGGAAGACCGAGCCCGUGCAAGCGAUGCCGGUGGCAAGCACCAGGGAUUCUACGCAAGCAGACGCUCUCAAGGACGUGGAGCUGUCUAACUUUGCAAGCUCAGCUGUCAACAUCACAGCAUCAGCGCACAGGAGGCUCCUGGGGAACAGAGAAAGCCCAAGAUUCCCCGUACCCGGAGCCGGCAGCAGAAAACCCAAGUGGCUCGUCAUGGAGGCCGGCGCAGCUGGAUCUGGAUGCGCAGGACUGCGUGGAGGAGGUGGCAAGUCGGGUCUGAAAGUCCUGAAGGCCAACACGGCUGGGUCUGGACAAGCAGAGCUGCGGGUGAGCAGCGGUGGCUCCAAAUGUGAAGCCUCUAUCACAGAGAGUGAGAAGACCAAUUCAGCGCAAGCUAGGCCAAAUAACGAUGCUGUGCUUCCCAUUCAGCCAAGGUUGUGUGAAGACAUCUGGACAUCUGAAUGUGAGAAGGCCGUGGCUGGUGCAAUGACACCUGGCCACGAGAAGCUUCGGGUCAGCAGAGACAAGUCAAGGCAGUUAGCUUCGGCAACCGAAGGCGAGGAGAUUAGACCAAGCCGCGCGUUUCCCGGCGCGGGCACCGUGAAGCCAAGCUUUGAGAGGCUAUGGAGAGCCGGUGGAAGGCCUGAGCCAGACAAGCCAAGUGCUGAAACCAAGCUGCCCGCGCGACCACGGCUUUGCGGCAACAGCAAGAACUCAGGGUGA